CUACUCUCCUUUUGACUUCUGAAACACGACGACAGAGAGAUGAGAGAUGAGAGAUUGCAAGAGGAAGAAGAAGAGACAGGCCUGAGUUCGUACUCCAUCGCCACCGGGUUAGGGUUUCGUCGCAUUCCCUCCGAUUCCGUCUCUCUCGUCACCACCACCACCACAGUGGUUGAUGGAGGAGACGAACUCAAGGAUGGACGAAGAUGACGACAAGCUUCUCAUCUUCUCCAUCACGAGCCGUGUUUUUCACCACCAUCACCACCACUGUCGCGUUCGUCACCACCAGCACUCCCUUCGAUUCCGUCUCGCCAUCAGCACUCCCAACAACAGGAGGUUCCUAUAUUGGAUCGACAGCUCGCCUCACUCUCAAUCUCCUCUCAUGUCUGCUCCUCAGGUUCCAGUGUUACUCUUCAAAGACCAGAUGAAAUCCACAUCCCAAACCCAUCUUGGCUGCCAUCUCCUUUCUAUGAAAAGGCUUGUAACGAGCCACAAAUAUAUUGGUUGUUCAAGUGUGUUUCUUUGUGUUGGCUUUCUAGUUUGUCAAGGCUUCCAAGAAACUUUGGAUGGAUUGUGAGGGAGACGUUGGGAAGGACUCUCUAAAACGAGGAGCUGAAGUUGUAACUUAGGGGGUUCGAGUCUACAUACUGGAUAUGAUCCUCAAUCGAUUUGAUCUAUGGUGUGUGUUAAUAUUGUGUCUGGCUUUUUGACCUGAAGAGAGGACUUCCGUUAGACUUACAAGAAGGAACAUCCUAACAACAAGUCUGUUGCUGCUGUUGGAAAAGCUGGUGCAGAGAAGUUGAAAUCCUUGUCUAAUUCUGUACGUUCUCUAAUCUAUAGCUUAUUAUAGUUAUGUAUUGCGUUGAUCUAAUUGCCACCGAAGCCACAAAGGACGUUACAUUCUUCUUGACCUUUGAGUUGUACAAUAUUGUAGGAGAAGGCUCCCCAAGGCUGAUAAGCGUAUGGUUGAGUAUGAGAAGACAAGAAACUCUGAUUUUCCUAAUCAUUCACAAGCAGAGGAGGAAGAAUAAGAAGAGCUCUGGUGUUGCCUAAGAUUGAAGACGGCAGGAUAAUGUUUAGGUUUAGGUUUCUGAUUUAGUUUUGGUUUAGAUUAUUUUGUAAACAAUUUCAAUAUAUAAAAAUUCAAAUAUAUUUAUAUCUCUAUUUUAAUAUUUUAUAAUUUUUUUUUUAAUUUUUAAUAAUGUUAUUACAGCAAUUAUUGCC